UUCUUUGGGUCUCUACCUUUUCCCAUGCCUCUUGUUUAAUUUUUCUGGUUCCUACAAUCAGAGAGAGUUCAACCUUCUCUGCUGCACCAUCUGCUGUACCCUCUUAUCUUUUCCUUCAGUCUACAGAGGCAGAAACCUCUGAAAGAUCUUAAUGUGGUCACUGUGGAUUGGUUUUUGUUUUUAAUAAUUACUUCGUUUGUGGAGCAUUUCUGCACUUUGCUUCUUUGUCAUAGGAUGGAAGCCAACAGAAUUCCAUCUCCAGUGCUGCUUUCCUUCACUCCCCAUCUCUUGAUGCAUUGCAUGAAUCCAACUAUGGUGCUGGUUUUUGGCCAAUUUUGUGGUACAAAAGCUUGUCUAAUGUAAUUCUGGGUGCAGUUAUGCCUAGUCUCUUGGAUCAGACCUUUUCCUGGGACAUUUUUUUGGUAACUUUAGUGUCAUACUGGAGUUGUCCAAUAUAUAUGCUUUUGGAUCAGUUCACUUCAAAUAUUUGGUAGAAAGAUUCAAUUUUGGGAUGAUCUUUAGAUUCUGCCUCUGGGAUUUUUGUUCCUUGAUAUUUGACUAAGGGCCUUGUUCUUAUUCUUGUUGGACUUCUUGCUUCUUGAUGAAUGGACUUGAUCGACAUGUAGAAACACCAUCAAGUAGGUUUUGCGUCAAGUGUUUGUCGAAAUUACUUGCCUUUGAUUCAGCUUACCCAAAGACACCAACACUUUUGGGGCAUUUCAUGCCAUACUGUAAGUUCUGUUCUUAAACUCCUUGAUAAAUGGCUAAAAAGGGUGAGAAAUCCUCUGGGGACAUGGAAGAAGGACCACACCACUCUCAUUUAAACCAGAGUGAUGAAGAUAGCCUCAGCUUCUCAGAUGCCGAAGAACAUUCUUGGCAUUCGCCCUAUGGCUAUAACUUUGCUGGUUCGACUUACAAUGACUGCAGUGUCUCUGGUGCAUCCGACCGUGAGAUCGAUGGAUUUCCAGAGCCCUGUAGAAAAUCCUGUCUCUCAGAGUCCUCACUUGAUGAUGAUCCGGAGACUGGUGCUUCGGAGGUGAAGAUCGAUAUAGAUAAGAUUGAGCGAGAUUGCAGGAUUUGUCAUCUCAGCUUGGAGAAGGCGGCUCCAGAGUCCGGAGCCCCCAUUGUAUUAGGUUGUUCUUGCAAGGAUGAUUUAGCUGCUGCCCACAAGCAGUGUGCUGAGACAUGGUUUAAAAUCAAAGGAAACAAGAUCUGUGAGAUUUGUUGUUCAACUGCAUCCAACGUGGUUGGUGUGAGCGAGAACGAACCCUCAGAGCAACGGAAUGAGGCUAAUACUUCUGCAGCACCGCCUCCUGCACCACCAUCUGAAGCUCGGAGCUUUUGGCAGGGGCACCGAUUUCUUAAGUUCCUGCUUGCAUGUCUGGUGCUUGCCUUUGUUGUCUCCUGGCUCUUCCACUUCAACGUUCCUGGCUGAACAUGAAAUGUUUUACAGACAAAAGAUUGUCUCUCUUGCCGCUCACACUGCAUUAGCAACACCACAAAACCUCUGAAAGAAGCUCUGCGAAAGGAACUACAUCGCAUCUCAACAGAAGCUAAUAUUGUUCAGAGUCUCAAGUUUUGCUCUGCAUAAAGAAAGUGAUAGAGCAAAAAGUCACAUCAAGUAUGAGUUUGAUAUGAAUGUAAA